UGUCUCUGCUGGGAGAAACUACCACUUGUUGAAUAGUUUGUUGUGGACGUCCACAAAACAACGAUCGCCUUACCUUGACGACUGAAUAAAGGCUCAACAAACACAGGACGUUACGCCAUCCGCGAUAGUCCUCGACAGACGCCACGAAGACGAUCGAUAAUAUUGCAUUUGUGGUCGAUUGAAGAAGAGGGUUCGAGAUCGUGAUCGUCACUCGUGAACGCAUCUUUUUCGCUAACUUCCGGUGUGUAGCUGGAAAGUUGCACUGUUUGUUGGCAGCUUUGCAUCCACUCAAGUUAUCCCGGGAAACAACUUUAAAUGGCGUCAUCUUACCGAAAGGCAGCCCCGUCGACCAGCCAUAAGAAGAAACCCGCUUGUAAGAUUGAGCUGAGCGAGGAACAGAAGCAGGAGAUCAAGGAGGCUUUCGACCUCUUCGACACCGAUGGCACUGGCAAGAUUGACGUCAAAGAGCUCAAGGUUGCUAUGAGAGCGCUUGGCUUCGAACCCAAGAAGGAAGAAAUCAAGAAGAUGAUUGCAGACAUUGACAGAGAAGGUUCUGGAACAAUCGACUACAACGACUUCCUCUGCAUGAUGACUCUGAAAAUGAGUGAAAAGGACUCCAAGGAAGAGAUCCUGAAGGCCUUCCGACUGUUUGACGACGACUGCACAGGGAAAAUCUCUUUCAAAAAUCUGAAGAGAGUCGCCAAGGAGCUGGGAGAGAACCUCACAGACGAAGAGCUGCAGGAGAUGAUCGACGAGGCGGACCGAGACGGAGACGGCGAAGUCAACGAGCAGGAGUUUUUGAGGAUAAUGAAGAAAACCAACCUUUACUGAACUCGACACCGUCUGAUUCUGUGCCUUCUGCCCCCCUCUUUUUUUUUUCCUUUUUAAAAAAACACUUAGUUUGCUUUGUAAAUAGAUACUUCUACAAUGUUCUGUUACCUUGACAUGUUUUU